UGAAUGAGUGACUGUGUCCUCCGUCCUGCCCAGAGCCAUGAAUCAUGCUGACAGUCUGUGAGAAAAACAAAGCUUCUUCCUCAAGAUGCAGACAGAGAAGGACGCUCCUUCCAACGGAAAAAAGAUCUACCACAUUUUUUCACUCGUCGUCUUUGGCUUCUUAAACUCAGGUGAGGUGGGAGCCGUGAACACGACCAUCCCUAACGCUCUGAUCAGAGGAGCGGUCGGGGGGGAGGCCCUCCUGUCGGUCCGCUACAGCAGCUUCAGCCUCGACCUGCCGGUUAUCAAGUGGCAGCUCCAGAGGGAGAAGGCGGUCACCGUGGUCCAGUCCAUCGGAACCGACAUCAUUGGGACCCUGAGGCCUGAGUAUCAAGACCGGAUUCUGGUGUUUGAGAACGGGACCCUGCUUCUCCACAACCUCAGACUGUCUGAUGACGGGACUUACGACGUGGAGAUCUCCAUCACAGACGACAUCUUUACUGGAGAGGGAAGCAUCACACUCACUGUGGACGAGCCUAUAUCCAGGCCAUACAUCCACAUGGAGGCCUCAUCCGUCCUGGAGCUCAGCGAAAACUUUGUCCUUAACUGUUCUCAUGACAACGGGACCAGAACCACUUACAAGUGGUUUAAAGGUGGGAAACCCCUGGCCAAUGAAACACGAUUUGUCCUGUCACCUGAUCAGAAGUGCCUGACCAUCAGUCGAGUGUUGAUGACUGAUGAGGAUAUCUACAGCUGCGCCGUGGAGAACCCACUGGGUAACAUGACCAGCCUGCCAAUCAGACUGGCCGUGUACAGAAGAAGCUCAGUCUACAUCAUGCUUUCCACAGGAGGAAUCUUCAUCCUCAUCACCCUGGUGACAGUGUGUGCAUGCUGGACUCCUUCUAAAAAGUCAAGACAGGAAACUAGAAAGUCCAGGAUGUAUGGUCAUUCUCGUCAUACACAGCUUAAACAGAAAGAUGAUGUGCUUCCCAAAAUGACGGAGCAUAAUGGGAUAAAAGCAGUAACUUCCCUUUACGUCCUCCAACAAAAGGAACCCUCAGUGGACGACUCGUCCAGCAACAGCAUUGGGUCUCCUUCUGAACUGGACAGCCCUCCAUCCUACACAACUUUCCCCAACUACACAAACUCCCUUGUGCGGUCAGGUGGAACUCAAGCCGGCUCCUUCCCAAAGUGUGUCUGAAACUUCAUAAACUGUUCAUCAUACCAGAUGAAGGAGCAGGUCAUUUGGUGCCUGCCUUCGUGCAAAACUUUAACUUUGAGUUUUUGUGAACUCAAUUAAAAAAUGUAAGCAUUUUUUUUUUAAAGAUCUGUUACUCAGCAUCUUGCAAAAGUAUUUGCACUGGUGGAGAUUUUUUUUUACAUUUUGCAGUGUCGCAGUUAGAAACUUUAGGGUGUUUUAUUGAGAUUUUAUGUAACAGACCAACACAAAGACCAGUGGUGUCCAAACUUUUCGCCCAGGCGGCCAAAGCUCGCAAAUUUCAAUAAAUAAAGAGUGCAAAAAUGUGUUUAUUAUUAUGUGCUUAGAUUGACCUGCUCAAUAAUGAACAAAAUACUUAUGAAAUCUGUAUAUUAUUAAAGAUAAAAAAAAGAAAAAAGGUUUAGGACUGUUGCACUAUUAAAAGAAAGAGCUGAUUUCCACAUUUUUUGGGGGACAUCAGUUGUUUUCUAUUUUGUUGGCCAAAUUUUGAACAUUCUUGACUUAAAGUACAGGGACAAACAAAAUAAUUUGGCCAUACUUUGGGCACUCCUGUCCUGUAAUUGACUAAUUAAAGCUGCAGGUCGUCUGGGGUACGUCUCUGAACAACUUCUAGUAUAUUGAGAAAUUGCAUUUUUGGCAUUAUUCUUCAAAUACAGUCCCAGGUUCUGUCAAAUAUGAUGGAGAGCAACAGUAAACACUAACUUACAAGUUUUGCCAUGGAUUUGGGCUUUGAUUAGGCCGCUUAACACAUAAAUAUGCUUUGAUCUAAAUUAUAUCUCAAAUUUUCUGCAGCUUCGAACAGGCUUUCUUCCAGGAUUUUCUUUAUUUAGUUACGGUACAUUUCCCAUCAAUUCAGACCAGUUUUCCUGUC